UUGAGCACAUACCUCGUAGAAAAAAAGCCGUGGAGUUUUGCCAAUAUAUAUCACCGUUCAGUUAGUCAGCGGCUUGUUGUCUAGUUUCCUAGAUAUCUCCUACUACUUGAUGUGCGAUACAAUAAAAUGGCUUGAUAUCUAGGACAUGUGGUGAUAAAAUAAAUGCUGCAACUUCAAUGUAGGGAAUUAUUCAAUGUUAACUUGAAAAUACUAAUAAGCUGCUGAAAACCUUUCAAAAUAAUGUAUUGACAAAAAGGGGUAUCAUCGGAAGUAUAACGAAUGCGUCUGUUGCAGAUCAAGACUUUGUGAGGCCCGGAGGGAAAUGAUACCAAUGGACACUGCAAGGCAAGUAAACAUAACUCCAAUGGAGGACUGGGCGAAUUCUUCUAGACUUGCGGGUGAAAUCUCAAACUGCUGCAACUUUCCAGACCUGGAGGACAGCACCAAGCUGAUGGGAGUGCAAGUGAUCCUCAUCCUGGCUUACAGCACCAUCAUACUGUUCGGAGUCAUCGGAAACUCCCUGGUGAUAUACGUGGUGUACAAGUUCAAAACUCUGCACACCGUUACCAAUUUUUUCAUUGUGAACCUGGCUGUGGCGGAUCUGCUGGUGAAUACUCUAUGUCUGCCCUUUACUUUGAUCAAUACUCUCGAUGGAGAGUGGAGGUUUGGCCAGGCGUUGUGCUUCAUGCUGCCUUUCUCCCAAGGCAUGGCCGUGCACGUUUCCACCAUCACGCUCAACAUCAUUGCCCUGGACCGCCACCGGAGCAUCGUCUACCACCUGGAGACCAAGAUGUCCAAGGAAAUGUGCGCCGCCGUCAUCGUCAUGACGUGGGCCAUAAGCGCAGUCCUGGCCAGCCCGCUCGCCAUCUUCCGGGAGUACGGGACGUUUGAACUUUCGCCCGAGCAGUCCAUUCAGGUUUGCACGGAAAAGUGGCCAGGGAGCGGCAUGGACGGGACAAUCUAUAGUAUCUCCAUGCUCCUGCUCCAGUACUGCCUACCGCUGGCCAUCAACUCCUUCGCCUACAUCCGCAUCUGGAGUAAGCUGAAGAACCAUGUGAGUCCGGCAGGCAGGAACAACCGCCACCAGCGCAAGAGGAAGACCACUAAGAUGCUGGUGAUGGUGGUGGUGGUGUUCGCAGUGAGCUGGCUGCCUCUCCACGCCUUCCAGCUGGCCAUUGACAUUGACAACAGUGUCUUGGACAUGAAAGACUUCAAGCUGCUUUUCACCAUGUUCCACAUCGUGGCCAUGUGCUCGACGUUCGUCAACCCCAUCCUCUAUGGGUGGAUGAACAACAACUACCGGACUGCGUUUCUGUCCGUGUGUAAGUGCAGCCAACCUGUCAGUUCUGGGUCGAGGAGAAAGACACUGAGGGAAAAAGACAUGAGCGAUACAGAUUUCAAAGCGACUAAAGUCUGAAUUCAUAAUAUCAACUGAAAUGUGAAAUGGCUGUUCUGUGCAAUCAACCGUAAGGGUGAAUUAUGGGUAAAACAUUCCGCUUUUUUACAUUAGAUUAGAGUCAAAGGGUUCAGUGAAGAACCAAGUAUGUUCAAAAUGUGUAAAUGAUCCAUUUCAUGCAAGUGCCAAAAUGUAUUGCUGAAUUGUGCCAUUGAUAUUUAAGAGCUUAUCAAACUGCUGUUUAAAACUUGUUGUUUUGAUAUGCUUCUUACAACUGGACUAUUUUGUUGACAUUUAAAUGCUGAUCGUGGGACGAAAAUGUUACAUUGCCUUUGUGAAUGCUACCAUAGCAAAUGAUGUUGAUCAUUAAUGAUUCUGAGGCCUUAUUUUGAUAGAUGUGCUUUAAUCACAAGCUGAGGUGUAAAACAACACAUUAGUUCAGAAGGCAGGUUGUCAUUUAUUGACAACUAAUAGUUGCAAACUCAGCAUGUAAUGAUAUAAACUGACUAAUCGAUUU